GGACCACCGUCGUUCAUUCUACAUCAUCAUGGCACUCCGAAAUACUACUCGCAAAACUACCGCCCUCGUCCCGGCAGCGGCUCCCGUCAUCGUCGAAGCGCUCCGAGCGGGUCCGCUGACGACUCAAGAACUGUGGGCUAAAUGCAUCAGCGACAGUGUCCAGAACGCCGGGUCAAGUCAACAAGCAGGAGAAGGAGGUAGUAGUGGGACGGACAAGUUGGGUUUGCACGAGGUGUUCAGGACGAAAAAUGACCUCAAGAAACGAAUCCUCCCCAUCCUGGAAGCCAAUGCCAUCAUUCAGCAACAUCACCUCCAAUACCCCCAAGCAAGGAUCGUCGACCCGGCCAAGCGAUCAAGCAUGAUCGUCGAGAAGUUGAUCGCCAAGAGGCAUAGGUCGGGACAGUCAUCAACGCCAUCGCAAUCUUCAUCGAGCACGGCAGCGGCAUCCUCCUCCAAGACUGCCUCGACGACCGCUUCACCUUCCUCGUCCUCAUCCUCGUCGACCUCGACGGAUUUCGUCUGGAGCCUCAACCACAACCUACUUCCCGAAUCAACUCAACACCCUUCUCUGUUCGACCCCACCCUCUCGACAACCUUGCAAGACCGACUCUCCCGGAUCUCCUCUGGUACUGAAUCCGUCCACUUGAUCACCUCCCAGACCCGGGCCGAACGAGCCGCUUCCAAGGAACAGUACCACGAAUCCAAGAUCUUGCACUUGGCCCAGGUGCAAAACGUCUGGAAACGUCCGCCAGGGGUCUUGAACCCUAGGCGGUACGGCGGAGAGGCUGAGGAGUGGGUGUCGAGUGAGGAGGAGAGGCAGCAUUUGAACAAGCGACGGGGGUUGAAGAGGGUCGGCAAGGAACGGAGGAUGGUCAGGUUGGUUAAGAUCCUGGGGGAUGCUUAUUUGGGCAAGGAGGGACAGGUGCCUACGUCCAGUUAGGUGCAUGGCAAAGCAGGAUGAGAUGCAGGCGAUGGAACGAUUUCAGAUAACGGGAUUAUGAUGAUGGGACGGACUCUGUACAACGGUAUGAUCAUACAACAUGGCAGCU